CCUGGCUUGAUUGUUCUACGGGUAAGAUUUGUUUUAAAGUACACAUACAGUCCAUAUAAUAAUCGGAUGCAUGUUAAAGAGACGAGAGGCAUCGUCAUGUCGACCACUGGUCCCAUAAACAAUUAUUAUGUGGAUUCUUUGAUAAACCAUGAGAGCGAGGAUGUGCUGACAUCGCGGUUCUCAGCCCCAGAGCUUCUCCCCACCGGUUCUCGACCGACGACACUAGCACCAGAGUGCUCCGAAUACCCCUCCUGCAGUUUUGCGCCGAAACCUCCUGUCUUUACCUCCUCCUGGGGCCCAGUUCACCCCCAGUCUUCAGUGGUAUACCACCCAUACACCCACCAACCUCAUAUUGGAACGGACUCGAGGUAUGUUCGCUCAUGGCUAGAGCCCAUAUCUGGAACAAUAUCCUUCCCAGGCUAUCCUGCGAACGGCAGACACUACGGACUCAAAACAGAUGGUUUUCCUCAGCCCGGUGCCGGAGACUCCAUCGCCUUCAACCGCCACGGAUACCCGGAUUAUUUCUACAACACCUCGGUGGACAUCCGAGACAAGACACAGCAGAUCAUCCCUUCUCCAGAGACAGAGGUUUUGGCUUCUGGAAAGCACAAAGACGGCAAGCCAGAAUUUGACCCAAGCAACCCGGUGGCGAAUUGGAUACACGCUCGUUCAACAAGGAAGAAACGGUGUCCAUAUACAAAAUAUCAGACUCUCGAACUUGAAAAGGAGUUUUUGUUCAAUAUGUACCUUACCAGGGACCGUCGUUAUGAGGUCGCUUUGGUUCUUAAUUUGACGGAGAGACAGGUCAAAAUUUGGUUCCAGAAUCGGCGGAUGAAGAUGAAAAAAAUGAAUAAAGAGAAGACAGAAAUCAAUGAGCAGUAACGUGUCCUAUGGACAUAUUGACAAGUACACAUUCAGAAAAAUGCCACUCAUGAACUGUGGGCGAUGGUCUCUCCUCUUGAUAGAUACUAUUUUCCUUUUUUAUCUGAUAUAAUUAAGCCAUAGGCCUAUUAUUGGCAAGGUAGCACAGCGCAAUUCAGGCCCACGUCUCAAUAUGAAUGUAUGCAGCUUGUUUAGACUAUUUAUUCGUUAUUAGGCCUACUGUUUCAUGUCAAGACCCACAAAUGGGAUUUUGGUAAAGAAAGGUAGCCUGUAAAGGGGAAGUUGGAUAACUAUGUGUGAAUGGUGUUUCAUCUGUUCACGUGUAUAACAAAACCUGUGUAUUUUUGUACAUGUUGCAUCUUAUUCAAGUGUAAAUGAGUGUUUUGUACACGACAAUGCAACAAGGUACAUGGAACGUUUUGCCUGUGUUUUCGUCUGUGAAUAUAUAUUUAGUUGUAGCCUGUAUGUCUUUAAAUCUUUUUUUUUUCUCUCGACACUUGAACUUUAUACUGUAAGCCGUAGAUUUUGGUCAUCUUUAAAUAUAACCCCCAUAGUCUAAUUUUCUGUAUUUGUUAUGUCAUUCUUAUUAAAACGUUUU